CGAUUAAAAAGUAAAAAUUGUAAUAUAAUUUCUUACAAUAAGGAUUAAUAUUUAUCAAUAAAGUGCAUUUAAAUUCUUAGCUUUAAGAAGAACAUAGCAUUUUAUUUCAUCAGCCAGGCUCCUAAAGCGACAAUGGCCCUAUUUAUCAAUAUUUGUUUUUCCUUUUCUAUCAUAAGUUUUUUAUUGUGUGUGUUUUUAAUAAGCGACAGCUACGUAUUUGCAAAUGAAAACGAUGGCGAAGGAAUUACAAAACUAGGACAAGGAGUUGGACAUAUUAUGAAUAUUUAUUAUUGUUACUCAUGUGGUUACCGAAAAGUUUUUGAAGACUAUGCUGGAAUAAUACAGCAAAAAUACCCAGAAAUAUCAGUUAUUGGUGCCAACUAUGACCCUCCUGGACUUAACAUGUAUCUUUCAAGAUUGAUUGGAUUGGGAAAAAUGAUACUGAUUAUGUGCAUACUCAGUGGAGUCAACAUAUUUGCUUGGUUGAACAAGCCCCAGCCGGCAUGGUGGACUUGGUGUCUGGAGAACAAGUUAUAUGCAUGCAUGAUGAUGUUUUUCCUUGCCAACAUGAUAGAAGGUCAGCUAGUAUCAUCAGGGGCAUUUGAGAUAUCUCUUAACAAUAUUCCACUGUGGUCUAAACUGGAAACCGGUAGAAUUCCACAACCACCUGAAUUAUUUCAAAUUAUUGACAAUACUUUACAGUUUUCUAAAUUAGAAAUGCCAAAUAAUAAUUUUGCCUAAGAAAGAAGCAAAUAAAAUAAUUAUUUGUUCAAUCUUAAUGUCGGUAUAAUGGUGAUUUUUAGUUAUUAUGAAUAAUUAUGUUACAUAAUUAUUGAGUAAAGCUUUUAAUUUCUUACUUUUCACUGCUUCAUAGUAAAAUAUGUUUUCACACUAAUUAUUAUUUGAUAUUAUAUUCUUUAAAAAUAUUAGUACAUUUCUUGUCUUCAUUUUCAAAAUGUCAAUAAAAUAAUUUUUCAUGUUUUCUAUAAGAUCUAGUCAGGAGAUAAUAAAGAUAAAUAUUGCAAUAAAAGAAAUGUAUACUUUAAA